AUGUUGGAGUUUUUCUAUACUGGAAUGGUUUCUGAUGAUAAAAUGAAAAGUCAUGUCGAUAGUAUUUUUGCUAUUUCACAUAAAUAUCAAGUAGAAGCUUUAAAAUGUUUAUGUGAACGUUUUAUGUGUUCUAAUAUAGAUGAUGAAAGUAUGGUUAAAUGUUGUGAGAUUAUUAAUUUAUAUGAGGCUCCAACUUUGGAGAAGGUAAUUUCUAAUUCUCAUUUUCUCCCCAAAAAUCAACUCCCCCUCCCCUAUUUUUCGAUUUACAAAAGUCCAUAUCUCUGUCCAUACUUUAGACUAAUUAUCAAUUUUUUUUCCUAA